AUGGCCGAACUGGCUGAGUGCCCCAAACCUUCCUUCUGGGCUGUGUUCAUAGGAUUGGCUGAACAAGCUGUCUGUGACCCCUCAGAAUUCAGCAAUAAAGAAAUCGCGGAAACAGUUGCCUCGCUCAGUAUCGAGAGUACGAUGUCUCCACUUCCAUUCGAGCUUUCCCAGAUCAUAACGAUGGUACUCGGAUUCAUGGUACUAAUGCAAUCAUCUCUCCUCACGAGUCCAUCCAAUCUUAUGUGGUUGGUGAAAUCCAUAUUUUCGAUUAUGUACGAGUUCAUCUUGAAACCUUACAUCAUGCUCUAUAAACUCGUCGGUCCAGCGAAACUUCUUUAUCUUGCCUUGGACACAUUCUGUAUUUUUGCUUUCAUCGGUUUCUGUUAUCUAUACCAUGGUUCUAUUGCAGGCUUGGGAUGGGUAGUCAACAUUUACCAACCCAGAAAGGCCCAAAAUAUCGCUGGUUUUCCGAACAUGUCUCCAGAUUGUCAACUCCAAGAAUGCACUAUCUAUCUCUCGGCAUGGUGUAACAAGCCUUUAAACUUGAAAGUCAUGGAGGUCAACUUGGAAAGAAAGUCGGAUGAUGCGAGAGAGUUCUCUAAGGGAGACCAAAAAUUCAUAUUAGGACGGAAAAGUAUAAUCAGUUCUACUUCUACGGAAUUCAUUGUCAGAUUCAAAAAGAUGGUAAGAGAUGUGCGUGCUCGUGUCAGAUGGACUCAUGCAGCUCUUUUAUUGCUGCUUGUGUUGAUCAUACAGAUACCAGCUGUGUCAACAAAUGCUCAGUUAAUACCAGGCAUUAUUCUUCAGUGUCCCGGUUGGGCGGCAGGAGUGUUUCUCACCUGCUACCGGUAUAUGGAAGCAGCUGUGAUAACGAAGGCUCAAUUAGUACCAGGACUUUUCGAUCAAUGCCUCGUUGCAGCAAAAGAAAUACUCCUCUUUGGCUACCAGUGUCUGAGAGAAAUCUUUCUGGGGGUUACGGCGAGCUUUAGCAACUUUGACUAUGAGGGUAUGAAUGAAGAAUUUCGUAAGGAAAGAAGGAACGAAGGUAUGCGCGCUGUGGAAGUGGACGAUGGGUAUGAAGUUGUUUAUGACAGUAAACAAGCUUUCAUUACGCGCUUCCGGAAUGUCAAUAAGAUCGUGCGAGAUAAUUUGUACAAUCUACUUUGGCUUUGGUUUUUUUAUAGCUUUAUGCCCUAUAUUCUUCAUCUUCUGAAAGAAACGAUUCGCCGAGGUGAAGAGAGACGUAGGGCGGAGAUACGUAGGGCGGAAAGACCUUAG